UGGGCAAGUCAACCUUUCUCUGGUAUGAUGCCUUGGGGAAACCUUAUUGUUGCUGCUGCUAUAUUAUUCAGUGGAUGCAGUCCUGUUAAGGCUAUCAACUUCCUGAAUUUCGCAGGCAUCAGGUGUUUCAGUUACAGGACAUAUAAUGCCCUACAACAGCUCUACCUUGUUCCAGCAAUUGAGCAGGUGUGGCAGCAGAAGCAGCAAGAAAUGUUUGAAGAAAUAAAAAAGAAAGACCAUGCUGUUAAGUUAGGUGGGGAUGCCCGUUGCUGCUCUCCUGGACACACUGCAAAAUUUGGCUCAUACUCGGUCAUGGACUUAAACACUUCAAAAGUUUUGGAUAUUCAACUUGUUCAGAGCAAUGAAGUGCAAAACUCAUACCAUAUGGAGCUUGAAGGACUAAAAAGGUGUUUGGGAAAGCUUCACCAGGAGGAGAUACAGAUAUCUCAUCUUGUUACUGACAGACACAGUCAAGUUAAAGCCUACAUGAAGCGCGACCAACCACAGAUUGUUCACAUGUUCGAUGUUUGGCAUGUUGCUAAAGGAGUCUACAAAAAGCUGGAAACUCUCUCAAAAAAGAAAAACUGUGAACUAGUUGGGGCAUGGGCACACUCUAUUAGUAAUCACAUUUAUUGGUGUGCAGCUUCAAGUGAUGGGAAUGGAGAGUUGAUUUUGGAGAAAUGGGUUUCCAUUUUAAAUCAUGUAACAGAUGUACAUGAAGGACACGGGGAACUGUAUCCAAGAUGCCUUCAUGGACCUGUUGAUGAUAGACAGUGGAUUAGGAGAGGAUCAAAGGCAUUCCUAGAACUGGAGACGGUUGUUAGGGGACGAAUGCUGUUGACGGACAUAAAGCAACUAUCUCAUGUUGGCCAAACCUCAUGCUUAGAGGCUUUCCAUAAAGUAGUGUGUUCUUUUGCACCAAAAGCUGUACACUUUUUUUAUAUACAGAUGCAGGCUCGGAUAUACCUAGCAGCUCUGCAUUUCAAUGAAAAUGUAAGCAGGCCACAAAGUAGAACAAGGGAGGGAGAAAAGCAAUACUCCGUCUCUUAUCCAAAAGGUCGACAUGGAGAGGGAGUUGCAAAGGAAGUUAAAGUUGAUCAAACUUUCAAUUAUAUCUCUGAUCUGAUGGAUGCAGUUGUUGAUCUGCGCACUGUCAACGACAGCUAUUCAAAAGCAAGGGAUGCAAUUAACUUGCCUAGGAGACUACCUGAACCACUGUCACAGAGCACGCCAAAGCCACCAAAACAUGAUACAAUUCAGAAACAUGUCACUCGUUUCAAUGAUAAUUGA